AUGCAUCUGAUAAAAGAUAAUUCAAUUGUUGUUACCAAAGCUCAAUAUACAGCUGAAGAAUUUAUUCAAAAGAAAAUUGAUUUACUUAAAGAUGAAGUUGAACCGUUUUUUGCUGUUGAUCUUGAAGAUGUAUGCAAUAAACAUAUUCGUUGGCUUACAUCAAUGCCUCGUGUAACACCACAUUAUGCUGUUAAAUGCAACGAUGAUAUUAAUGUUAUUAAACUACUUGCUUAUCUUGGAGCUGGUUUUGAUUGUGCAAGCAAAGUUAUGGAUUUAGGUGUAACAGCUGACCGUAUCGUUUAUGCUAAUCCAUGUAAACAAUCAUCAUAUAUACGUUAUGCACAAGAAUCUGGCGUUGAAAUAAUGACAUUUGAUAAUGAACAAGAAUUAAUGAAAAUUAAACAGAUAUAUCCAAAUGCUAAACUUGUUUUACGUAUUGUAACUGAUGAUUCUAAUGCUGUUUGUCGUUUUUCAAUGAAAUUUGGUGCUGACAUGAAUACAGCACGUAAAUUAAUUGACAAAGCUCAGGAAAUUGAUAUGACAAUUAUUGGUGUUAGUUUUCAUUGUGGUAGUGGUCAAAUGACAAGCAAAGCAUUUGUUGAUGCUAUACAAAAUGCUCGAAUAAUUAUGAAUUAUGGAAUUAAAUUAGGUUUUAAUAUGCAUCUUCUUGAUAUUGGUGGUGGUUUUCCAGGAAAUAGCGGAACUGAAGAUUAUUUUUCAGAAAUUUCUGCAGCUGUUAAUAAAACACUUGAUGAACAUUUUCCUGAGGAUGGAAAUAUUCGAAUAAUAGCUGAGCCAGGUCGAUAUUAUGUUGCUUCGGCAUAUGCAUUAGCUACAAAUGUUAUUGCUUCACGAGAAAUGAUCGAUUCAGAAACGGGUAAUUUGAAAUAUAUGUAUUACAUCAAUGAUGGUGUUUAUGGUUCAUUCAAUUGUGUACUUUAUGAUCAUUAUGUACCUGAACCUUAUUUGCUUGCUAAGAAUGAAUCUAGUGAAAAAUAUACAUCAUCAAUCUGGGGACCAACAUGUGAUGGUCUUGAUUGUAUUAAUAAAUCAAUUCAAAUACCAAAGUUAAAUAUUGGUGAUUGGAUUUUAUGGAAAAAUAUGGGUGCAUAUACAAUAUCAGCAGCAGUACAAUUUAAUGGUAUUCCAUUUGGUAAACCACUUUAUUUUAUGUCAAAACAAUUUUGGGAUUCAGUAAAAGCUGCAUUUCAAACUGUUCCACGAAAAUAUCAAAUCGAUACAUCUGUUAUUCGUCAUAAUUCAUGCGAUUGCUCAAAUGAAGUUGAAGAUGAUAUGUUACCAUGGAUUCCUGAAGAUUUCAUUGAAGAUGCAACUGUUGUUACAAUUCAAUGA